UAAGUAAGCGUGAGUGUACAAUUACCAACCAGGGCCCUAUAUACCCUCUACAAUUUACAUGUACAAUAGUAUAUAGAAACGCUCCUGGAUAAGGAUAGUCUAAAAGGGAAGUGAUGUCUUCUAUAUACUCUCCUCUACUUAAAUGUGGGGUAUGUGCUGAUUUAAGUAUUCUCCACUCGCACUGGAAACAAUGUGGGAAUCUAUGUGAAAAUUGUUCAGGACUUCACAGCAAAGGGAAUGCCUUCAAAAAUCAUAAUGUGGUGCCCUUAACUUUUUCAGAUGGAAUGGAGACGUCUUCAAUCAAAGUGGAACCGUCCACACAAUUAGAUAACCUUGAUAGUACCCCCACCGCCAAAUGUACAACUACGGCUGCAACAAACGCCCCAAAACCUGCGUAUUCUCCAUCUUCUUCUUCAAAUGCCCCAACACGUGAUUAUGCUUCAUCGACUUCAACAAAUGCUCCAACAUCUCAUAAUGUGCCACCCACUUCAACAAAUGCUCCAACAUCUCAUAAUGUGCCAUCUACUCCGUCAAAUGCACCCAGUACACCAAAGAAAAAAGGUGUAAAACGGAAACCUGCUUCCGUUUCAAUGAAGGGAAUGAAGAAAGUUGCUUGUCCUAAACAUAAAUCUAACACAGUGAAUUUAUGCUGUCAGGAUUGCAAUCAAGCAAUAUGUUCACAGUGUUUGACAGCUGCCCAUACUGGACAUAGAAUUGGAGAUAUAACCGAUUUUUUCGGGAAGAAAAGAGCUAUGAUAGAAAGUGAUUUAGAUCUCAUCCAGAGUCAUAUCCAACAAAGGGAGAAAGCAAAGCAACAAAUGGUCGAAGAUUUAGAAAAGAUGGAACAAGCUUCAGAAAGCGUGGUGAAGGAAGUUAAAGAUUUUGCUGACAAGGUGCGAUCAACCAUUCUAAAGAAAGCAGAAGACUUGAAAGCAAGUACUAAAGAAACAAAAAAGAAUAUUGUUUCAAGAAAUGGCGAGUUUGUCAAAGAAAUCAAAAAACUAGAAACAUUGCGUAAAAAAUGUCAGGAUGAGCUGAAUGCUAAAGAUUUAGCAGUGGUCCUGUUCAGAAAAGAAUCGGCAUUCUCGCUUGAUACCUACGAAAAUCUCCCAAGUUCGUUAAAAAUUACACCUGCAGCGUUUUUUCCAGCGGAAUUGGACCAAGACAUGAAAACUUUUGGAACCAUUGUUUCUACAAAUAUUCAAGAGAAACCUAUUACGUUUGGGCCACCAUCUACCCCAAUAAAAAUGCCAGGGAAAAAGAAGAAACUGACAGCUCAAAGCAGUACGUCAUUGCCUGCCCCGACUGCCACAUCUGCCUCUGCUCAAGAUCAUGAAAUAUUGAGAGACGCAGUGAGUAAAAUUGGUAAAGAGCUUGGAAUGAACAUUGUUCAACAAUGAAGAAGACAAAUGGGAAUUUUUUUCCAUAUUAAAGGAGUUUGGUGGAUAAAGAAAAAUCCUUUAUCCCAGUUCUCUCUUAUCAAAAACGUGGUAAGCAGAUUGUUCAAAAAUGAUGAAAACAAAUGGUACUGAAUAAUUGGAGCAUCUUGGAGGGAUCAGAAAAAUCCUGUUCUCCCUCACCGUAUUGAUAAUCAUACAGUGUACACUUGCCCGCAGUAGAAAAAAUUAUCUUGAAAACGAUGAAUGUGUAAUAUGACAUAUGUAUCACAAUAAGUAGGCAGAAUUGAGAGAGGGGGAGGUGGUGAAGUUUUGAAAGAAAAAGAGAGAGAAAGUGAGAUUUUGGAAAGUUUUGGAAUAAUUAUAUUUGUUUUACAUUCUUACUGCCAGAAAAUAUGUUCUCUUUUGGGGGAGGGAGGGGGUGUAUGUCUAGUUGCUCCAUUUAACUACAUGUAUAUUAAUUUGUGUUUGACUCUGUUGACUUACAUACUGAACUUUAUAAUAGAAUUAGGAAGAAUAGUAUCAAUAUUUAUGUGACUUUAUAUUCACCCGCUGAUGAUUAAUGAAGGAAGUUUGUAUUUCAUAUUAUACUUACAUAUAAAAGAUAUUUUCAUGUAAUAAAUCUAUAGCUUCAAAUAAAGUUUCAUUAUACUUGA